AUGCUCAUAUUUGGAGUCAUCAUAACUCCUCUUCUCAAUGGUAGAAACUAUCAUUCUUGGGCACGAUCGAUGAAACUUGUGUUGCGAUCGAAGAAUAAAAUAGGCUUUGUUGACGGAACCCUAACCGAACCAGUAACUACUAGUCCUCUUCAUGAAGCAUGGUUGAGGUGCAACACCAUGGCUCUCUCGUGGAUUCAACACUCUGUUAGACAUUCAAUCGUAAAAUCUAUUAUGUGGAUUGAUCACGCUGCUCAAGUGUGGAAGGAUCUUUAUGAUCGAUUCUCACAGGGCGAUAUAUUCAGAAUUGCAGAAUUGCAAAAAGACUUCUAUAAAUUGAGUCAAGGUCUAAAUGAUCAAUAUGCUCAAGUCAGAUCCCAAAUUAUGCUACAUGAUCCUUUGCCUAGUAUAAACAAGGUUUUCUCUAUGCUUAUUCUACAAGAAAGACAGUUGAGUGCAUUGUCGAUUAAUGACAUCAAUUCUGAUCCUAAGGCUUUUGCUUUGAACUCUAAUCAAAGAUCACAUAAUAGAAUGAAUUCUAGCUAUGGAGGUUCCCAGGAAAGAGGAAAUUCUUCAGGUGGAAGGAUAAAGGUCGAUAUCAAGGGACAACUAAAGGAAACAGAUUCUGCACUCAAUGUAAACGAAAUAAUAACAUAG